AAGUAGCGCCGGCGGGGCGCGGGAGCGGCGGGCGCGCGGGGCGUGCUGCGGCCCGCGGCGAGCGAGUGCUGCGGCCCGGGGAGCUGUGCGCGUCCGCCGGCGAGGGACCGCGGCCCGGCAGAUCAGGACCAGAUGAGCAGAGGGAGGUUCCUGUGAAGAUCAGAGUCACCCCAGCACUGCCCCGGGAAGCGGCUGUGCCUCCAGCUGUCACCGCUGCGGGCCUGGGAGCCACGCAGGAGAAGGAAAAUGUCCCACGCUUUGAAGCAAGUGUUCAAUAAAGACAAAACCUUCCGGCCCAAGCGCAAGUUCGAGCCGGGCACUCAGCGGUUUGAGCUGCACAAGAAGGCCCAGGCCUCGCUCAACGCCGGCCUGGACUUGAAGGUGGCCGUGCAGCUGCCGCCGGGCGAGGAGCAGAACGACUGGGUGGCCGUGCACGUCGUGGACUUCUUCAACCGCAUCAACCUCAUCUACGGCACCAUCAGUGACUAUUGCACAGAGCUUCUCUGUGCCCACCUGUCCCCAAGGCCUGGUUCUCGUGCUCUCCCUCUGAGCUGGGACUGGGCUUCAUCAGUUGGGGCCGGUGUUGUUGAGUGGAAAUCUGCCCUCAUGUGUCAGCCCAGCCCUGAAUGGCAGAUCCACACUGGCAGCUCCUCCUCGGAGCCACCAGAGGGAAGGUGCUGGGACAGGCACCAGGAAUUCUCCUCUGUCCCUCGUGGUACGCUGACCCUGCCAGGACCAUCCCGGUUCCUGCUGGGGUAUGGAGCCUUCUCCCCGUUCCCCAGCAUCACCACCAUGCCCAGCUGUGCACACCUGGGACCAAAAUCUCUGCUGUGCAGCCAGAGCCCCCCAGCCUCGCCCGCUGCUUGCACGAGGAGAGCUUGGCAGUGCCCCCUGGUAGGUAGUGGGUCUACCUAGGAUUUGGGGACCAGUAAGUGACCAAACUGCACCACUAACCAUUUCUUCCUUACAAAGCGUUCCCGUGCCCUGGAAUCUCUGUACAUACGUGACUCUCUCAUUUCUCAUCCUGCCGUUAGGACACUCGUACAAAUACCACUCGUGCUCUGAAAUGGAACCAAUAAAUUAUGUUGUAUUUACACAGCA